AUGGAACGUGUAUCGCAACAGGCAUUAAUCGACAAGAGCCGUCAUCUCAGCUUCCCGCACGAGAGAUCUAGCCGAGGAAGCGAUUUCACUGAGGUGAACGUCGCCCAACCAAACCGAAUUACUGCCGAACGGGAUGUCUUGCACUUGUGGUCGUUCGUCCAUGGAUUCUCCACCUUUCCAUAUUGGUACCUGCGUGAUGUCUGUCGAUGCCCGCGCUGUGUCGACCCGCACUCGAAGCAGCGCUCGUUCCGAAGCAGCGACAUUCCCGGCAAGAUCUAUCCGCGCCACAUGAGCUGGGAUGGGACUACUUUGGAUAUCAAAUGGGCCAACGAUGUUUCUGGGUAUGACGAAACUCACAGCACAUCCUUGGACAUCCCGACCCUGAUGGCCGGCCCUACCAACACUCAUGACAACGUCUCCAAAUCCACCAAACCCCUUAUCUGGGGUGACGUGAUGAUGAGGGACCUCCAACACUGGGUUUCCUUUGACGACUACAUGUCAAACGAUAGCAAAUUCGCCGAGUCAAUGCGCAAUCUCCAGCGCAUGGGCUUAAUUUUUAUCAAGGAUAUCCCGAAAUCCCGAGAGCUGGUGAAGAAGAUCUCGGAACGUAUGGGCCCUGUGCGGAACUCUUUCUACGGGGAGACAUGGGACGUGCGUACAGUGCCGCAAGCCAAGAACGUCGCCUACACAAACCAACACCUCGGCUUCCACAUGGAUCUACUAUACAUGAACGAGCCACCCGGAUAUCAACUACUGCAUUGCCUGGAGAACUCCUGCGAGGGAGGCGAGUCACUUUUCGCCGACUCGUUUCGGGUAGCCGACAUAAUGAAGAGAAAUUAUCCCACCGAGUACAAAACACUGACCCGAAGGCUUUUCGGGUUUGAAUAUAUGCACAACGACCACAUCUACAGCAACGCGCGACCGCUUUUUGAAGUGGACAGGGUGACCGGGCAACUUCGCAACGUCAACUAUUCCCCUCCAUUCCAAGCGCCAAUUCCGAAAUCCAGAGAUAAGGGCGUCUGCAAUCAUAUCCAUUUCAACCAAUGGAGACAUGCGCUAAAGACAUUUACCUAUCUACUGGAAAGCAAGUCCUCGAUUUUCCAGCUGAAGCUUAAUCCCGGCGAGUGUGUGAUUUUCGCCAAUCGACGAAUUGUCCAUGCUCGGAACAAGUUUAAUACCUCGUCUGGUUCACGCUGGUUAGCCGGCGCGUAUGUGGAUGAGGAUGCAUUGCUAUCUAGUUUUGCCACGCAUGCGAAGAAGUUCCCUGCGCAGUGGAAAGAUAGCGAUCCGAUGAGGUCUGUAAGAAAAAAUCAAGGCCCGUAUUGCGAAGGAAAAGGAGAUCGCCAUUGCUGCUAUGCAGCAAUCUCAAGUUCAACAUGCAGAGGCGGAAAAUGUGGAUGA